ACCGGUCGUCGGGGAGCCACCGAGAAUGCUGGAGAUGGAAGUGAAUGGGAAGAAGAUCCCAUUCGAACUAGAUACCGGUGCAUCCUUUCCAUUAUCGAUGAGAAGACAUGGAAUAAGCUAGGCCGGCCACAGUUGAACAAGGCUGCGGUGGCUGCGACGGCAUUUGAUAAUAAUCGUAUUAAGUUCCAAGGAAGAGUCCCACUAAACGUUAAGUUCGCCGGGAAAGAGGCGAUAGUGGAUGUUCAUGUCUUCAAGGAGGCGACGCACUCCUUAUGUGGACGAGACAUGAUAAGAGAAUUGCAGAUAGAUUGUGGACCACAUUAUGGGAUGGUACACAAGGUCGAACAAAUGUCCAAUGUACAAAUCAAAAGAGAAAUUGUGCGUAUACUGGAUAACAACAAGAAGUUGUUUCAAGAUGGUUUGGGCAAGUGCACGACUGCACGAGCAGAGUUGAAGUUCAAAAAUGAUGCAGUAGUGCCUAAGUUCUUCAGAGCUAGGCCAAUACCCAUUGCGUUGAGGCCCAAAGUGGAGGCAAAGUUGGAAGAAAUGGUGCGGAAUGGAACAAUAAGAAGAGUGGAGCAUAGCAAAUGGGCCACGCCGCUAGUGGUUGUGCCCAAACCAGGCGGAAAAAUAAGAAUAUGCGGCGACUAUAAGGUCACAGGUAACGCCCCAUGCGGCGACGGGGAAGGCACCGGCAGAAGUGCUUAUGGGGCGAGUAUUGCGAACGACCCUGGAUAUAAUAAGAACGGAAAAGGGGAAAUUGCCCACGAACAAGUAUCAAGAGGGAAUAAAAAGAAGUUAUGA